CUUAUACUUGUUAAUCACAUAACAGAAAAACAUGUUGGAACUGAUGUGUGUGGGUUUUGUUGAAUUGUCGUUGGAACACAAUAAACUUGUCCGGCCUCUUCUUGAUUUCAGGGCGAUGUCUGGGCUACGAAUACUACGGCUUUUUGGUAAUCCUCUUGAAUUCCUUCCAGAAAUUUUACCCUUGCAUCAGCUUCGCCACUUGUCUCUUGUAAAUAUCAGAAUUGUGUCUGAUGAGAAUCUAAGAUCAGUAAAUGUUCAGAUUGAGACAGAAAACACUUCCUAUUUUGGGGCAUCUAGGCACAAGCUAAAUGAAGGAAACCGUUCUGUUAUUGGUAAAGAUGAAAAUGCGGUGAGGCAGCUUAUAAGUAUGAUAACUAGUGACAAUCGCCACGUGGUUGAGCAAGCUUGUGUUGCUUUAUCAUCUCUCGCUCGAGAUGUUGGCGUAGCAAUGCAGCUGAUGAAGUGUGAUAUUAUGAAACCAACUGAAACUGUUCUGAAAUCUUCGGCCCCGGACGAAGUUAUAUCCGUUUUACAAGUCGUGGUCACCUUAGCUUUUGUAUCUGAUUCCGUUUCUCAGAAGAUGCUCACCAAGGAUAUGCUGAAAGCCUUAAAAUCCUUGUGUGCCCACAAGAAUCCUGAAGUUCAAAGACAAGCCUUAUUAGCAGUUGGGAACUUGGCCUUCUGUUUAGAAAACAGUCGUAUUCUGAUUACUUCAGAGAGCUUGAGGGAGUUAUUGAUGCGGUUAACUGUUACACCUGAACCACGAGUCAACAAAGCUGCGGCUAGAGCUUUGGCAAUUCUUGGCGAAAAUGAAAUUCUGCGACGUUCCAUAAAAGGCAGGCAAGUACCAAAACAGGGACUGCGGAUUCUCACCAUGGAUGGAGGUGGAAUGAAAGGUCUUGCAACGCUGCAGAUUCUUAAGGAGAUUGAAAAGGGAAGUGGCAAGCCUAUACAUGAACUAUUCGACCUUAUAUGUGGCACAUCAACAGGAGGAAUGCUAGCUAUUGCCCUUGGUGUCAAGCUUAUGACACUGGAACAAUGUGAAGAAAUUUACAAGAAUCUAGGUGUGUAGAAUUUCCUUUGAGCUCUACAGCUUCUUUGACUU